GACCGCCUUUCGGACCAGCGGGAUCUCGGGGCGCCCAGUUUCUCCUCCAGGCCUCCCGCCUCCCUUUCUCCAGGCACCUCUCACAAAUCACGGGUGGGAGGCGGCUUGGUUUCCCCUGCGCGGGGAGCCGCCCCCUGCUUUCGCAGGGCUUUGCAGCACUGGUGGCAGUCGCUGCGCUCGGGCACUGAGAAGCAAUUGAUUCGUCUCCUGCCAGCAGUCUGGAGUUGCCUACGUGGACGGCAGAGAGGGAGAGAGAGAGAGAAGGAGACAGAGAGAGAGAGAGAGGCUUGCAGAGCGAAACCCUCAUCCCUGCGAAGUGCGGUCUGAGGAAAUCAAGCUUUUGCCUUGUCCACUGGCUGGUCUGAGUUUUUCUCCUCUUCUGGCAGCGGCACCUCCGCGGAGCUUUCAAACCAAGUCAUCGGCAGUUAGCAUCUUCCCACCCAGCAGGGAAGGCGGGAGUUGGCAGGAAUUUGGCUCCCCCAUUCCCCCUGUGAUCCUCCAGUGUUGUGAACUGCUGCACCUCCGCCAUGACAGACACAGUCCUCAGCAACAGCUCAAGCCGCUGGAUGUGCCCCAGCGCCCGGCCCCUGCAGCCCGGUGAUAAAGAACAGCUCCAGGGAGGCUGGCCCAUCCACCCCAGUGGUCAGCCGGACAGACAGAGGAAGCAGGAAGAGCUGACAGAUGAGGAGAAGGAAAUCAUCAACAGUGUGAUUGCUCGUGCUGAAAAAAUGGAAGAGAUGGAGCAGGAGCGAAUUGGGCGCCUGGUGGACCGUCUGGAGAACAUGAGGAAGAACGUGGCUGGGGACGGCGUGAACCGCUGCAUUCUGUGUGGAGAGCAGCUAGGGGUGCUGGGCUCCACCUGUGUCGUGUGUGAGGACUGUAAGAAGAAUGUCUGCGCCAGGUGUGGCGUGGAGACCUCCAACAAGCGCCCACAUUCCGUGUGGCUCUGCAAGAUCUGCAUCGAGCAGCGGGAGGUGUGGAAGCGCUCUGGAGCAUGGUUCUUCAAGGGCUUCCCCAAACAGGUCCUCCCACAGCCUAUGCCUAUAAAGAAGGCCAAACCCCAGCAGCCUGUCGGCCAGCCUGCUGCCCCCGAGCACACAGCCCGGGCUCCGACACAAGGCAACACUGAGGACAGGAGGGGCCUGGGUCAGAAGGCAGGCCCGGACCCAGCCUCUGCUCCUGGACGGGGCAGCCACGGGCCUCCUGUGCGCAGGGCCUCUGAGACGCGAAUGAGCUCAUCCAGCCGGGGCCCAGAGAGCUGGGACCAAGGCCACAGUGGGGGUGCUGCAGGAGACACCAGCCGGAGCCCCGCAGGCUUGAGACGGGCCGACUCAGCCCAGGCCCCCCGGCCUGCCCCCCCCUCCGUGCGGAGCCCGGUGCCCGCGCAGCCAGCCACCCUGGGUGCCCUGGAGUUCAGCCUUCUGUACGACCAGCACAACAGCUCCCUGCAGUGCACCAUAAUAAAGGCCAAGGGACUGAAGCCCAUGGACUCCAACGGCUUGGCUGACCCCUACGUGAAGCUGCACCUCCUGCCAGGAGCCAGCAAGUCCAAUAAGCUUCGUACAAAAACUCUACGGAACACCCGGAACCCCAUCUGGAAUGAGACACUCGUCUAUCAUGGCAUCACGGAUGAGGACAUGCAGCGAAAGACUCUCAGGAUCUCCGUCUGUGAUGAGGACAAAUUUGGCCACAACGAGUUCAUCGGUGAGACCAGAUUCUCACUCAAGAAACUGAAGCCCAACCAGAGGAAGAAUUUCAAUAUCUGCCUGGAGCGCGUGAUCCCAAUGAAGCGUGCGGGCACCACGGGGUCGGCCCGAGGCAUGGCCCUUUAUGAGGAGGAGCAGGUGGAGCGUGUUGGUGACAUAGAGGAACGUGGCAAGAUCCUGGUGUCUCUCAUGUACAGCACACAACAGGGAGGCCUCGUUGUGGGCAUCAUACGCUGUGUGCACCUGGCCGCCAUGGAUGCCAAUGGCUACUCGGAUCCAUUUGUCAAGCUGUGGCUGAAGCCAGACAUGGGCAAGAAGGCCAAGCACAAGACCCAAAUUAAGAAGAAAACCCUGAACCCUGAAUUUAAUGAGGAGUUCUUCUAUGACAUCAAACACAGUGACCUGGCAAAGAAGUCGCUGGACAUCUCUGUGUGGGACUACGACAUCGGCAAGUCCAACGACUACAUCGGGGGCUGCCAGCUGGGGAUCUCGGCCAAGGGCGAGCGCCUGAAGCACUGGUACGAGUGUCUGAAGAACAAGGACCAGCGGGUGGAGCGCUGGCACCAGCUGCAGGACGAGCACCACGUGUCCAGCGACUAGCGCCGCCGCCC